UACACAGGUUCUCGUGUUCCCAUCUACGAAUUUAUUCGCCGAGAGGUUUUUCAUCUACCUCCGGCUGCACAUUUUACCGUUAAACGCAAACCUCCCGGAGAAGUGAAUGAAGAAAACAGUUCAGAUACACUAAUGACCUCACAAAACGAUUAUGAAGCAGGCGAACGGGAUUGGCGAUUUGUCUUACGUGCAGCUUCCGCUGGAAUGAUUGCCGGUGGAACUGCCCAGUUUUUGGCCAGCCCCACGGAUCUAAUGAAGGUUCGUCUGCAAACGGAACGCGCGUGGCAAUCGGAGGCCAGUUUCGGUGGCACUCCACAAAUGGCAAAACCGCCCGUUCGCACUCCAUCGUACGUUCUGUUUGUUGUAUUCCUUAACCAACUGUGCAUUUCUGUGGGUUCACUUAUGCAGUCCACCAGCUGUCGUCGUUCGUUUCUAUGA